CAUAGUGUUGCAAAAGGCAAAUCUCCUGGGGGCUGCAUUAAUAAGAGUAGUACGAAGGGCAUUUGCAGUAUAUUCUGACACAAGCUGGAUGGAGUCUGGAGGAGAAUAACAAGAACAAUAUACUUAAAAGACAUGACCCACAGCAGAAGAGUUGAAGGGCCUGCUGCUUUUUUUUUAAACAAACAAAAAAAAGAGAGAGAGAGAAGGCGAAAGGGGGCAAACACAUUUUAAUAUGCAGCGUUGCAUCAAUAAUAAAAUAUAAACAUGUUGAGGAUCAUGAUCAGUUGCCCACCAUGAAGAAAGGACAAGAGGAAAUCAGCUUUAUUUGCACCAAAGAUGAUUGAGAUGUCCAGUUUGCAGCUGCGCAACCUUGAAAAUGCCUCUUUUUGCUUACCUGGAUGCAGUGCGACAUUGAGCAUUGCUUUCAUGAGAGCAUCUGAUUUGGGAAACAACCAGGCAGGCAUCGGCGUAGCCGAACUUCCAAGCUCGGCUCUUUCAGGAAGUGAUUGAGAUCCACCCCUCCUUCAACCCCCGGUUGAAUUGGGCCCUUGAAUCACCAUUUCUGACUUCCAUAGACAGCUGAUUCGGACACUUGGAAGCUGACCGCUCUCAAACUGCCAAGAUGGUCAUAAAUGCCUGCCUCCCACAGUUCAAGCCAAGGAUUCACUGCAACAAGAUUUCUGCCGACGGAUAUGAAGUGGAGAACCUCAUCUCUGAAGACCUGGCGAGGAGAAACCGGGGCUUUCGCAGCGAAUAUUUUAUCAAACCUCCGGUCCACAUCACCAUCUCCUUUCCCUUCAACAUAGAGAUCUGCAGGAUUAACAUAGAUAUCUCGUCGGGAGGCUACCAGACCUUCACUGGGCUCGAUAUUUACACGUCUACCUCAGCCAAUAAGACCUCUGGGAACAGCCCCGAGGGUCAGUUCUCGCCUCUGGCCGGUCAGCCGGUGUCAGAUAAAGACGUGUUCACCCUGGUGGGGAAGGCUGUGCUCAAAAAUCAAAGCAGAGUGACUUUCAGCCACAGAGGCUUCAAGCUGAGGCCUCCCUUCCAUCAGAUGGAAGCUGGCUUCUCCUACCCAGGAUCUGCAUCUCAAGACCUGUGGAAUAAAGGCCCAGCCUCACUCAGCAACGUAUCGCACUUAAAGAUUUGUAUCACCCACGUAGCGGGAGGUGGCCUGCCUUGCAUUAAGAGGCUGGAGGUCUGGGGCCAGCCAGCCAAGUCGUGCCCCCCAGAGUUGGUCGACGGUGUGUUCCAAGUGGCUUCUGGGUGCCACGCUCAGGACUUUGGCGGCAUAAAGCCGGAGCCGUGGACGCCAAUGGAAAGUGACUGUGUGCCCUUUAGCAAUGCUGACAGCGAGCAGCAGACUCUCCGGAAGCUGGUUGAUGUUAUUCAGGAUAUCCCUGAAGAGUUCCUGGACCCCAUCACUCUGGAGAUAAUGCCUUUCCCCAUGCUGCUGCCCUCGGGCAAGGUGAUCGACCAGAGCACCUUGGAGAAAUGCAACCGGAGCGAGGCCUCCUGGGGGAGGGUGCCCAGCGACCCCUUCACGGGAGUCGCCUUUAGCCAGCACUCCCAGCCUCUGCCUCACCCGACGCUGAAGGCAAGGAUAGACCACUUCCUCCUGCAGCACAGCAUCCCGGGCACCAACCUUCUCGGCAGGGCGCAGGACUCUGAAAUGGUUGCACCUUCUUCCCUCACGAUAUCUUCUCUGAAAAGGAAAAUGGACUGUAUGGAGCAAAGUCCCCAUGACGGCAGCCGCCUGGAACCUUCCUAUUUUUCUACUGCAAACUUACUAGUCACGUCUACCUCAGAGAGCAGUGCGAAAAAAAUGAAAACUGAGAGCGACUCGCACUCGGCCCAGAUGGACUGUUCAACAGAGCACGACAGGAGCAGCCAAGUCCACGCCUGCGCUUCCUGCGGUAAAACAUUUUCCGCUUACUUCAAAACAGAGCCCGUCUACCAGCUUCCCUGCGGCCACCUCAUGUGUCGUCCGUGCUUAGCCGAGAAGCAGAAGUCCUUAUCGAUACUGUGCAUGAAUUGCAAAAGGUCAGUGGCCACCCACGAUGUGCUGAGGGUCCACUUCUAGCUCCUCUCCGUGGCUAUCGAAAGGUUGUGGCUGGAGAGCCCCCGGGAUGGCUCGGAGGGAGAGAUCAAGAGCCGCUGCUCUUCCACUUGCCUCUCUCGAUCAGUCCAAGGAUGCGGUCCUUUAAAGAGCUUGCCAGAUGGUCGCCCGUAAUCCGAAGCGGACCUGGUCUUCUUACGCUCACAGAGUAGUGGGGGGUUAGGGCAUCACACAGGAGCUAAGCGAUUACAAGGAUACUUAAGCCAUAGCUUCUUUAACAAGGAAAAUGUAUUUAUAUGGUCCUGACCUCCACCCAGUCAUGCGCCAUCCAUCUCUCACCAUUCCAGCGGCUCAGUGCUUAGCAUAGGUGCCUUUCGGACUGUGUGUCUAGCUUCCCUGUGAUUUAAAACCAUUUAAAGUAUUUGACAAGCUGCCGUUCCGUCAUGGACUAGCGGAAGUCCUUGUGGUUGAGAGCACGCGAACUACCCAACUUCUCCCCUUCUCCCUACCCCUGCCCCACCGUGCCCGGCAGUCUCCCAGCUACAUGAAGAGCCCAUAGGUCACCCAUUCUGGAGACCAGUAGGCAGCGAAGAGGGGAACGUGGUUAGUGCAUUAAGUAACUGGCAAUGAUCUCAUUCUGCUCAUGCGAACGGUGUAGAAAAGCCAUUGCAUUACACACAGCGUCACUCUGUUUAUGUCGUACGACUGGACCAGCUCCCGUCCUGCUGAUAGACAUUUAAGCCUUAAUAAAAUUAUGGUU